AUGAAGGCCUUCAGGCAGCCAAUACUCCACCUCGAUUCUUCUUCCAAGACCUCGUUAUCAACCGAAAAGCCCAGAGUCCAUAUCGCAUUCACGAUGCGAAUACGGUUUCCGUUUGCAGGAGUCUUCUUCGCCCUCCUCCUAAUCCUCGGCUACGUCGGCCUAACCCCCCUCCAACUCACCACCCACAUCAACGACAAAUUCCUCCACUUCCUCAGCUUCUUCCUCCUCACCCUCGCCUUCUACUGGAUCAUCGACACCAACCGCCGCCGCACCCUCAACCUCACCCUCACAAUCUGCACCUUCGGCCUCGGCGUCGGUUCCGAGUUCCUCCAGAGCAUCCUCCCCAAUGGCCGCAGCUUUGACGUCUUCGAUAUCGUCGCCAACGUCGUCGGGAGUCUUUUGGCUUUGGCCCUAUGCACGUGGUAUCACCAGCGUAUGCUCGAGCGGAGGAGGCAGAGGAGGCAGUAUAAUGCCGUUCCGGGGAGCGAUGAGGCCGAUUUGGAGCUAGGGGAGGGUCAUGAGAGUGGGGUUGUGGAUGGGUCGGAGGAGGAUGGUGCGGGUCCUUCUUCGAGGACGUUGGAGGAGGAGGUGGAUAAUUGGGAUGAGAAUGCGUUGGAUGAUUGGGAUGAUGAGGAUGCGGGGGAUGCGGAUGCGGGUGGAAAGGCGAACGGGAAGGGGGCUGGGAGUGGUGAUAUUGGAGAUGCGAAGAGGGAUUGA